AUGUAUGCCCAAGGCAUGCCUUCCAAGUCUGCUGCGCAGGCGAAUGGCCUCCCCAUCGAGAUGAUGUUCAAGCAGAUCAUGGAUGCAGUACACAACUCACAUCUCGAGAUAGCUGAGCUGCGUUCUGAGUGUCAUGAAUUGAGACAGGCCAAUGCCAGCCUCGAACGUUUGGUGCGGGAGGGCAUACAGUAUAAUAGCAACUCCAGGAUGGGGACACCUGGAUUUACUACUCCUGCGCCUGGCAGUCCACAACUACGCGCAAAAUCACCAUUCCUUAGUCCCAGCGCAAUUCCAGCGCUGGCUGUUGGUACCAGCAUCUACGUCCCUUCUCCCUUGAGUGAUAACGCACUCACCUCGUUCCCGUUCGGCGUCCGCGACAUUCCCGGUUUCUAUGUUGUGAUUCCCGCUGGAGGUGCUGGAACCCGCUUGUGGCCCCUGUCUCGCGAGGAGCAUCCCAAGUUCUUGCUAGAUCUCACCCUCAAAGGUCGCUCGCUCAUCCAGGCCACCUGGGAUCGUCUUCUCCCACUCUCUUCGUCAGUGCGCACGACCAUCGUUGCUGGCCCUGCUCAUGUGAAGAGCAUCAAGGAGCAGCUUCCGGAUUUGCUACACCACAACCUGUUUUGCGAGCCUAGCGCAAAAGAUUCUAUGGCUGCCAUCGGUCUAGCAGCGGCGGUGCUUGCCAAACGUGAUCCUAAUGCAGUAAUUGGGUCGUUCGCGGCCGACCACAUGAUUUCCGGUGAUGACGCUUUCCUCUCUGCGGUUGCGGAGGCCGUCGAGGUUGCGAGGAAGGACUAUCUCGUCACAAUUGGUAUUGCACCGUCGCACCCUUCAACUGGGUUCGGGUAUGUUCGUCUGGGAGAAAAGCUAGGGAUGGUGGAUGCACCGAAUGCGCGACUCGUGUCGAGUUUCAAGGAGAAGCCCGACGCACGUACAGCCGCAGCGUACAUCAAGACAGGUAGCUAUCGCUGGAAUGCGGGUAUGUUCGUGACGAAGGCGGCGUUCCUGAUGCAGUUGCUGAAGGAGUACAAACCUGAUCUACAUGAUGGGUUGCAGCAGAUCGCAGCGUGCUGGGAUGAUGAGAAGUUGAGGGAGAAGGCAUUGGAUGAAAUAUGGCCUGGGCUAGAGAAAAUUGCUAUUGAUAAUGCUGUCGCUGAGCCAGCCGCGUUGGACCGGAGGGUUGCGGUCGUGCCCGCGACAUUCGGUUGGGACGAUGUCGGAGACUUCUCUUCCCUCGCUGAUCUUCUCCCAGCGGAAUCCAACCAGCCGCGCAUCCUCGGUGACAAUUCACUUGUGCUGACGGAGCAGGCGGCCGGGGGCAUCGUCGUUCCCGGCUCUGGGAGGCUGGUCUCUCUUUUGGGAGUGGACGAUCUUGUCAUCGUCGACAUGCCUGAUACUCUCCUUGUCACCACACGCGCACGCUCGCAGGAGGUGAAGCGUCUCGUGAAAAAGUGCAAGGAGGCGGGAUUCAAGCACUUACUCUGA